AUGGACGCGAAACGACCAUCAUCUUGGCUUCUCACGCCCCAUCGCGGGAGAAAGCGGAGAGAAAGGCUUAUUCUGUUUUCCGUUACCAUUGUGUCUCUUCUGGUAUACUGGAGAUUCUACAGAAAAGCAUCCCUUGAUUUACUACAACUACUUCUGCCUAUUCUAUCGGGAAAAUAUCUUCGCGAUUCCAGUUUCUUCUACACGUCGAGUCCACACUUCGCAGGCCAGGGCCUCAAACAAGCCCAGUGGACUCUGAAAAAGUGGAAAGAAUUUGGCAUUCCAGACUCUCACAUUGCCUCAUAUGAUGCACAGCUGCCAGCACCGACCGAACAGCAGCGACUCGCUCUCCUUCGUGGUUCGGAAGUACUCUAUGAGGCGCCUUUGAAGGACAACGAUCAUGGAUUUCUUCCCGCCUUCUACAGCUUCGUCUCUAACGCGAACAUCACCGCCUCCUAUGUGUUUGCCAACUUUGGUGCCGACGAGGACUAUGACGAUCUAGUGGAGAAUAAUAUUAGGGUUGCUCAGAACUGGGGUCUCGUCGGUGUUCUCCUGUAUCCUGACCCUCAAAAUGAUUAUCCAAUUACCGAGUUGAACGGUUAUAGCCCAUAUCCCAAAGGACCAGCACGACCCGCAAAGAUGAUUGAGAGAGGCGACAUCGGACCAUUUGUGUCAUAUGCAGAUGCUAUCCCCAUUCUCACUGCCUUAAACGGAUAUGGCCCAUCAGCAUCUGAACUGGGCACGCGAUGGCAGGGUGGAGAACUUGCAAUACACGGUGUGCGCUAUAACGUCGGCCCUUCACCAGAAACAUACCUUCAUAUUGUCACUGAUGCAUACAUUCAAUCUGGUCAAGUACAUAAUGUGAUUGGCAAGAUCCCUAGAGUCCUUGAAAACGAUGGACAGUCAGUGCUUGAUGUUUGGAAUGCGACAGGAACAGGCAUCAUUGGUACCCCAGGUGGUGGAGAUGUAAUUCGAUUCCAAGGUCUCCUGUGUGCAUCGACGAUCGACUUUGGAUUUUCCCAAGGCCUAGGAGACAAUGUGUUCCCUUACCACUCAGGGUUCGACAGUUUUGAGUGGAUAAUUCAAUAUGGAGACCCAGGCUGGGAGUACCAUUUGACCACCACCAAGUUGUGGUUGGUGAUGGCGGCGCAUCUGUCAGAACUGCCCAUCCUCGAUAUGAAGACUACGGACUAUGCCGAUGCCAUAGAAAGGUAG